UGUAACGGUCGCGACGCGUGGGCGCAGCGCGGGCGCCGCGGCGGAGGCAGUGUGUAACAUCUGCGUGAAUGGCUUCCAGAGAGCCACCCGUGAGCAUUUGCUGUUUGACUGAUGGAGAGGAGAGAGGCCAUAAAUUUCCCCAGUGAAGAGAGCUGUAAAUUACAUUCACAUCAGAGGCCGAAAAUUCACUCUCUGAGCUGAGGAAUAGAUAAGAUGGCUGCUCUUGAGAAGCAUGCAGACCUGAGGCUUCAGCAGAUCAAUCCAUCAGACCCUGGUACCAGUCAGAAGAGCCAUUUCUUGGAGACUGACUGGAAAACACCCAUGUUGUCUGCAAAGUUCCAGAGUCGCAUCAGUCGCUGCUCCAGUGGGGCUGACAGCGGGGACGUGGGCAUUGGGACCUCCGGCUCAGACAGCGCUGAAGACUUUUGCAACUCCAGUAAUGGUUCCUCGUUCCAGCCCAUCAAAACCCAAGUGACCAUCCCAACAGCUCAUGUUAUGCCUUCUACCUUGAGUACUUCACCCUCCAAGCUCCGCUCAGCAGGCGAACAGAGCAGUUCACAGAAUACUUCAAAACCUGCUGUGCCAGGAGCUGCUUUGGGACUCAUGAGAAAUGGAGACUUUAAUGCUGGGAAGUCAUCUCAGGUGCCACCCGGAGAUCUCUUGCAUCUCUGCGGGGCUUCGGGGGAAAAUGGUUUAGAGCAGUCCUGGCACCCCACUUCUGAUCACUUACGAAGAGAGGAUGCCUUGAAGUUCAACACCCCCGCCAUUGAGCAAACCUUUAAUCAGUCUCUUUUUCUGGAUAGUUUGUGUGCUGACCCUCUGCACAGGUUCCAGAAGUUCAAUCUGAACUCCGGGACAACUGAGGCCGCCAAGGAUCAGUAUAAAGUGCUGCCAGAGAGCAAGCAAGCAGCAGGGGCUAACGGGGUGUGCGAGGCCCACAGCGGAGCAUGGCCAAACGGGAACAGGCUGCUGCCGGCAGGACUGCAGGCCAACGGUGUCUUUUCAAAGCCUACAACUCCCCCAUCUCGAGCAUGGAUGCAAGAAACCUGCACUCUGCACCCCCACGAGAGGGUCUGUGAACUCGGAGCGUGGAAACAACAGCUGGAGAGCGUACGGCUGCAAAUAGAACAAAUGCAGUUACAAAAUGGAGCUGCUUGCCACCAUCCCUCAGUGUGUCCUGCUCCGGUGCCUUCAGCUGAUCCAACCCAAUGGAUCAAUAUCCUGAACACCAACGAAAACCUCCUGAAGGAGAAGGAGCUCAUCAUUGACAGGCAAAGACAGCACAUUUCCCAGUUGGAGCAGAAAGUUCGGGAAAGUGAACUGCAGGUUCACAGCGCCCUCCUUGGCUGCCCCGCUCCCCCAGCACCCUAUGGAGAUGUCUAUAUGCUGAGAUUGCAGGAGCUGCAACGGGAGAACACCUUCCUGCGAGCGCAGUUCACAGAGAAGACUGAAUCUCUCGGUAAAGAGAAGAUUGAAUUGGAGAGAAAACUGGCUGCUGCAGAGGUGGAUGCAAAACUGAUCCGGGAGACGCUGAAGGAAACUGUGCAGAAACAUGUGGAGGAAUUAAAGAAACAAGAAGAAAGGGUAAAGGGAAGAGACAAGCACAUUAAUAAUCUGAAAAAGAAAUGCCAGAAGGAAUCCGAGCAAAGCAGGGAGAGACAACAGAGAAUUGAGACUCUUGAGCGAUACCUGGCUGAUCUCCCAACUCUUGAGGACCACCAGAAACAGAGUCAGAAGCUGAAGGAAUCCGAACUGAAGAACACGUCUCUGCAGGAGACGGUGCUGGCACUGGAAACACAGCUGGGAGAUAUCCGCACGGCCUUCAGGGAGCAAGAAAUGCAGCUAGAAGCACAAAAACGUAAAGAACUGGAGCUUCUUUCUUCUGUGUGCAGCUUGCAGGACAAGGUGCAGCAGUCUGUAAAGAAUGUGGAGAGAGGCCUCCCUGCCCAUGAUGGGGAGAAGCAAAAAGCAGAAAAUGAUUCUCUGAAGAAAGAAUGCGAGUGCCUCAGGAAGAUUGCAGACAAACAGCAGAAGAAGAUGGAGCAGUUGUCCUUGCAAGUAAAGAACCUGGAAGAACAGGUGGCCCAGGAAGAGGGGACAAGCCAAGCUCUGAAAGAGGAGGCGAUGAGGAGAGAAAACGCCCUGCAGCAGCUCCGCACGGCUGUGAAAGAGCUUUCCGUGCAGAACCAGGAUCUCAUCGAGAAGAACCUGACCCUCCAGGAGCGCCUCCGGCAGGCGGAGCUGACGCAGCCGCUGGCGGGGCAGGCGGCCCAGCUCGCCCAGGAGCUGCACGGGGAGCUGGCCACUUGUCUGCAGGAUUUGCAGUCUGUCUUCAGCAUUGUGACUCAGAGGGCUCAGGGCAAGGAUCCCAACCUCUCCCUGCUCCUGGGCAUUCGCUCUGUGCAGUACUCGGCGAAGGAAAAGGACGACUUGCUGAGCCCUGAUAUACUGGCAAAAAAACUGUCGGAGGUAAAACAGCUUCACAGAGAGGUGGAGGACUUAAGGACUGCAAUAUCUGACAGAUACGCCCAGGACAUGGGGGACAACUGCAUCACCCAGUAAAGAAUGUGCUCCCCCCAAAGUAGGACAGGAAACAAAGACUUGAAACCCUGAGGAGACCAGAGCUCCUACGAAUGAAACUGAUUCAGCACUUUACCGUCCCGUUUCUGGGGUCCAAGACGCGUGGCUUAUCCAUGAGAAGUCAGGGGGGCUGCCGGAGGUGUUGAGCUGCUGCCUGGCUAACUGCAUCGCUUGGACUUUGGUGUUGGGCUUUGCAGCUGCUUUGAUCAAGUGGCAUGUGUUUGUGCUGUGUUUGCUGGACUUGAUACGGUCUCUGGGGCUGGGAGGUGAUUUCUGAACUGCCUUCCGGGCUUGGCAUACUCUGGACGUGCAAAUGUGACAGUUUUAACCAACGUGAGGAGGAAAAUAUGCCCUGGUCUUUCUGAUAAUGCUCCGGCCUUAUUAGUCACACAGGAUCUACGCAGAGUUUAUCAGAAGUGUUCAGGGACUAUUUGUGGAUUUAACACUACUGCUAAUUUUAUCAAGGUGCUACCAGUUUUAUCCCUGUGUGUGUGGGCGCUUGUGUAGCCGUUUGUGGAACAGGACCUCUGCUCAGGUAAAUGCAUCCAGAGCCUUGCAGUAGUCAACAGAAUUCGGGGAAUCAAGUGACACUAAAAGACUCUGGAAAUGCCCCUCCUGAGCACUGUUACCCUAGAAGCCUUAAACCCUUCAUCCCCCUGAGAAAACGCUCUGAACAGGGCUUCGAUUCUGGCUGG